CGAACGCCUUCGCGGAAUCGCCCUGGAAACGCAUUCUCCGGGACUGGCAGCCGCCAAUGGGAAGGGAGUGAGUGCCACGAACAGGCCAAUAAGGAGGGAGCAGUGCGGGGUUUAAACCUGAGUCUGGGCAGGCUCUUCCCGGCGUGCUGCGGAGGAACGGCUGUUGGUCUCUGCUGGGUUCAGGUCCUCGGCUGGUCGGGGCUCCGGUGUUCUGCUUCUCCCCGCUGAGCUGCUGCCUGGUGAAGAGGAAGCCAUGGCGCUCCGAGUCACCAGGAACUCGAAAAUUAAUGCUGAAAAUAAGGCGAAGAUCAGCAUGGCAGGCGCAAAGCGCGUUCCUACGGCCCCUGCUGCAACCUCCAAGCCCGGACUGAGGCCAAGAACAGCUCUUGGGGACAUUGGUAACAAAGUCAGUGAACAACUGCAGACCAAAAUGCCUAUGAAGAAGGAAGCAAAACCUUCAGCUACUGGAAAAGUUAUUGAUAAAAAACUACCAAAACCUCUUGAAAAGGUACCUAUGCUGGUGCCAGUGCCAGUGUCUGAGCCAGUGCCAGAGCCAGAACCUGAGCCAGAACCUGAGCCUGUUAAAGAAGAAAAACUUUCGCCUGAGCCUAUUUUGGUUGAUACUCCCUCUCCAAGCCCAAUGGAAACAUCUGGAUGUGCCCCUGCAGAAGAAGACCUGUGUCAGGCUUUCUCUGAUGUAAUUCUUGCAGUAAAUGAUGUAGAUGCAGAAGAUGGAGCCGAUCCAAACCUUUGUAGUGAAUAUGUGAAAGAUAUUUAUGCUUAUCUGAGACAACUUGAGGAAGAGCAAGCAGUCAGACCAAAAUACCUACUGGGUCGGGAAGUCACUGGAAACAUGAGAGCCAUUCUAAUUGACUGGCUAGUACAGGUUCAAAUGAAAUUCAGGUUGUUGCAGGAGACCAUGUACAUGACUGUCUCCAUUAUUGAUCGGUUCAUGCAGAAUAAUUGUGUGCCCAAGAAGAUGCUUCAGCUGGUUGGUGUCACUGCCAUGUUCAUUGCAAGCAAAUAUGAAGAAAUGUACCCUCCAGAAAUUGGUGACUUUGCUUUUGUGACUGACAAUACUUAUACUAAGCACCAAAUCAGACAGAUGGAAAUGAAGAUUCUAAGAGCUUUAAACUUUGGUCUGGGUCGGCCUCUACCUUUGCACUUCCUUCGGAGAGCAUCUAAGAUUGGAGAGGUUGAUGUUGAGCAACAUACUUUGGCCAAAUACCUGAUGGAACUAACCAUGUUGGACUAUGAUAUGGUGCACUUUCCUCCUUCUGAAAUUGCAGCAGGAGCUUUUUGCUUAGCACUGAAAAUUCUGGAUAAUGGUGAAUGGACACCAACUCUACAGCAUUACCUGUCAUAUACUGAAGAAUCUCUUCUUCUGGUUAUGCAGCACCUGGCUAAGAAUAUAGUCAUGGUAAAUCAAGGACUUACAAAGCACAUGACUGUCAAGAACAAGUAUGCCACGUCAAAGCAUGCUAAGAUCAGCACUCUACCGCAGCUGAAUUCUGCACUAGUUAAAGAUUUAGCCAAGGCUGUGGCAAAAGUGUAACUUGUAAACUUGAGUUGGAGUACUAUAUUUACAAAUAAAAUUGGCACCAUGUGCCAUCUGUACAUAUUACUGUUGCAUUUCCUUUUAAUAAAGCUUAUGGCCCCUUUUACUUUUUUAUAGCUUAA